AUGGCAUCCAGUAAACAUAUUCCAUGUGGACCUUGUAUAGAAGGAAAAGUGACCACUAAAUCUGUCAUCUGGUGUUACAACUGUGAUGAAGGGUUGUGUUCAACAUGUUCUGGUCAUCACAAAAGAUAUAAAUUGUCACGAGUUCACAAAACAAUUGAUAUUAAAAGUUAUAAACCAUCUGUUCGAACUAUCAAAACAGAAUGUGACAAACAUGGUAAACAACUCAACUUGUACUGUCCCAGUCAUUUAAUGCCUGGCUGUGAUGAAUGUAUUUCUGAUAGCCAUUCAAAGUGUAUGGGAAUAAAAAGUUUAGCUAGCGUUGUUGAGAAAACCAAGAUUGAAAAAUCUAAAGAAUUUGUAGAAAAAGAAAUUAACUCCAUCUUACACCUCUUAGGAAAAAUUGUAAAUGAAAAAUCACAAAACAUUAAAGCGGGAGAAGAAGAAUAUAAAAGCAUAAAGGAAUUCAUUGUGAAACUUCGUAGUGAAAUAGAUAAACAUUUAACCCACCUAGAGAAUAAAAUAUACCAAGAAGCAGAAACCAUCUUGAAUCAGGAAAAAUCAAAAGCCACAGAUUUAAGAUCUGAAAUUGAAGAAAAACAGAAAAACUUAGAAACAAUGCAAGACCAGUUACAUACAGUCUUACCACGCACUUCAAAACUCCAGUCAUUUCUAAGUGUUCAUCAGAUUGAACAAAAAGUACAUCUAUGUCAACGAUACAUAGAUGAUCUGGAAAGAGACGACAGGGCAAAAGAAUUUACCAUCAAAAUGGAGGAAAACAAUGAAGUAAAAAAGUUAAUAAAAAAGUUAGGAUCCUUAGGAGAAUUAACUGUUGUGAAAACAGAUAUGGAUUUGAAGAAAGAAACAAGUGUGAGUAGGGAAGCACAAGUAGAAUCACAAGAACAAUCAAACAUAAACAAGAUGACUAUGACCAUUGACAAAAAGAUAGAGAUCAACAUGGAGAGGAAGCAGAAAUACACUGAACUGUCGGACUACCGAACUGUCGGACUAUUGAACUGUCGGACCAUUGAACCGUCGGACCAUCGAGCUGUCGGACCAUCGAACAGUCGGACUAUUGAGCUGUCGGACUAUCACUACGGCCCCGUAGUGGAAUGGUUGAACAAAGUUAUCCUUCUUGCUCCUGAUGGCAAGCUUGAGAAACAGUUAUCUAUACCUGGUGAAGCCUUCAGUGUCACACAGAUAAAUCAGAACACUAUUGCCAUUACUUAUCCCUGGGAGAGAGCCAUUAAGAUUUUCAAUAUGGAGAAUGAAACAGUAACCAAAGUUAUCACAUUAGAAAAACAAUGCCUAGGAUUAUCAUCAUCAGAUAAUUCUCUUGUUGUAGGUUUGAAUAGAGAUGAAAUCCGUAUUAUAGACUUAGAAGGAAAUACACUGAAGUCAAUACAGGUUGAGGGUGCAUCAUACCUGAAUUACAUUGUUUACUGUAAUGAGAUAGUAAUAUAUUGUGACUAUGUUGGUGGUACAGUAUACUGUGUUGAUCAAUCAGGUAAACAGAAUUGGCAAUAUACACAGGAUUUAUCAGAACCAAUGGGACUUUGUACAGAUACUUAUGGUAACAUUAUUGUAGCAGACUGGGGAUUUCAUAGAAUAAUAGUAAUAUCAAAAGAUGGAAAGGAUAGUAAAGUACUGCUUAGUGAUGGACUGGAGAAUCCUAGAUAUAUUUGCUUGAAACAAAAUGAGUCUUCCGGUUUAAUAUGUAAUGGCUAUGGCAAAGACUUGACAAAAUUCAAUUUAUCUUCUGGAUAA